AUGUUUAUCGCGUUCAAGGCUCAGGACGGCGAGGAGGGGUUGCGGAACCCGAAGCAUAAAAGGCGGAGUGAACGACUCAGCCGACGAGGAUCCACACCGCGAGCCUGCACUUCGUGUCGUCGUCGCAAAAUUAAAUGUGAUGGCGAGAAGCCCUGUGAAGCUUGUCGAUGGUACAAGAAGCCAGAGCUGUGUGGCUACACAGGACCUCGAGCCGCGCAAAGCCAGCCGGAGAAAUUGACAAUACCCUCGCCCGACUACAAAAGCACACUUGAAAGGCUUUUCCCGGACAGUGCCCCCGAAAACAUCGCCCAUUACUCAAGGGACAAAUUGUUAGAUUUGAUGACCGUAGGCGGCGGGUCCCAAUAUUCUCAGCACCAAGACUCAUCGAUUGUUGCCGCGUCCCUCGACACUCACGACUCUGCACUGUCGGGGGAAAUUCCUGGUCUGGAGUCACUACAUACAAUACCCGGAGAACAACUCGAUGAAAAUCACUGCCCCAGUGCCUCGGAAUCAGUCGGACAUAUCUCAGACGACGUCAACGCCUUGUCCCUCUCGGCUCGGCACCCAACCUCCUAUCUAGGCGUUUCGUCUAUUCAGGCUGCAUUGAAGGUCAUUGCAUGGCUCCAUCCAGCAGUUAACUCAUAUUUUGCUCAGUCCUUAUCUAAAGACCAAGGACCACAGCCAACCAACUCGUUGCCCCCGUCGCAAGCUACACCUCAACCUGACCCCCCACCCACGGAACAUCGAAUGCUAGAUGCAUACUUCAUUAACUUCCAGCCAUUUGCACCACUCAUAGACGAGGAAUCCUUUCGCACAACUUACUUACUCGGCCGUCGGAAGGAUGAUCGAUGGCUUGCACUACUCAACAUAGUUCUCGCGUUGGGAAAUAUUACAGCCGCAGGCGCAGAUAACCAUACCCAUCAUGUAUAUUUUGAGCGUUCAAUGAAUCACCUAAAUCUACGUUCGCUCGGGAAUCCUAGCCUUGAAGUCGUCCAGGCUCUAGGACUCAUGGGUGGCUGGUACUGUCACUAUACCAGCCAGCCGAAUCUCGCGUACUCCCUUAUGGGCGCGUCACUGCGGAUGGCGGUUACUUUAGGCCUGCAGCGGGAACCUUCGGAUAUCCAUUCGAUACUCGAUCCCAAGAAGUCCGGAAUCCAGGAAUUCAAACGUCGCGUCUGGUGGUCACUUUGCUGUUUGGAGACUUGGGGCCACGAAACGCUCGGCCGGCCAAGCAUGGAUUACUUUGGCCCGAGCAUCACAGUCAAUUUGCCUAGUCGGCUUGACAAGGAAUCAUAUUUCGAGGUCCUCCCCCUGACAGAAAAUGUCCAAUUUGUGAAAAUUGCGUUAAAAAUUCAAGAAUCGUUGGCUGCACUACCAACCCUGUCGCAUACCGAGAUGUUCGAUCUGGACUCACAGCUUGUUCGGUGGUGGCAUGACCUGCCACCGGUCCUCAAGGAUUACGAACCAUGUCCCGAAUCACUAUAUGCAGUGCGCACUGUGAUGCGUUGGCGAUUCUACAAUCAUCGCAUGUUACUUUAUCGCCCAACUCUACUCAACUACGCAAUGCGACGAGUUCCCUUCAUGGCCAUCCGAGUUGAAGAACGCACUGCUAUCCAGAAAUGCCAGGAAAUCGCAGCGAUUUCCAUCCAAGACAUCUCCUCAACAACCCAACUGAAUCAAAUGAUCGGCUGGAACGCGGUUUGGAUGUUAUUCCAAGCUACUAUGGUUCCAUUGAUUUGUCUGGCCGCUGGCGUCGCAGACCACGAUUCCGCUGUUUCAUUCGAAACUUGUAAGACGCAGGUUGAAACAGCGAUGUUGACCCUGGGCCGCAUGAAACCUUACGGGCAUACCGCGGGACGCUCCCUUGAGGUCAUCUCGGGCAUUCUGGAGUGUAAUCUUCAUGCUCCCAGGGCAGCGCCGCUGGAUACAAGUGGAGACGGUCUCGACCCCCAAAAUUUCCCUCCUCCGAAUGCUUUCAACACCGGCCAACAAGUGGCUCGUGAUCGUGUUUCAGAUUGGACUGCGACAUCCUUUGAGACACUGUCAUCUCAGUACAUGUGGGAGUACUUGAGUUGGGACCACAGCAACCUCUGGCCUGAGAUUUUUGACCUCAAUGACCAGAAUGAAGAUGCGUCAAUGUCUUUCCUGAAUUCCCAUUCCCCUGCAGGGAAUACGUGA